GGAACCGGGGAAUUACCAAGGGAGAGAGGAAAAAGGAGCAAGUGGUUUUCCAUGUUUGACACAGCUAUAUCAGUAUGGUAAAACUGCAUUACGAAUGCAACAUCUGCUGGAGCGCCGCCUUACUAUAUAUAUAUAAUAGACAGGAUAGAGAGGGACAGAGGAAGUGAAAGGGUCUGAGAUUCGGAGAGAGAGAGAGAAAUAGAGGACGUGAGGUGAACAGUGAGCAAUACAGAAAGCCUGUGAGUACAGCACCCUCCAGUCAAACUGAGCUGAAUUGUUAGAGGAAACUGGAGGAUAGAGAGAGCAUGUGACAGAAAGAGGGGGGGAGAGACGGCAGGCUUUGGGUGGGGGAGGGGUGCCCUGUUGCUGCGGCAGUCUGUUUACAAAUAGAGAAGGCAGGAUGAGUUUGAAUCCCGCAGGGACUGCAACAGCACAGCAGAAGAGUGCUGUCAACGGGGACGGAAAGCCUUCCAGCCAGAAUCUGACCCCAACCAAGAAGCCCCGAACACCCAAGCCCCAGAAUGCCAUCACCAUUGCAGUGUCAUCUCGUGCCCUUUUCCACAUGGAGGCAGAGCAGAGGAUCUACGAACAAAAGGGCGUGGAGGAGUACCUCAGGUACCAGGUGGAGCAUGAGACUGUGCCCUUCGGCCCGGGCCCUGCCUUUGCCUUUGUAAAGGCUCUGGAGGCGGUGAAUGCACAACUGCGGGAGCUAUACCCUAACAGCGAGGAACUCUUCGAUGUGGUUCUCGUGACCAACAACCACGCAGACACAGGAGUGAGACUCAUCAACACUGUAAACCACCACAACCUGUUUAUUGAGCGGUUCUGUCUGACUGGAGGGAACAGUCCAAUCGGGUACCUGAAAGCCUACCACACCAACCUCUACCUGUCCGCUGACCCAGAGAAGGUCCAAGAGGCGCUGGAGGAAGGGAUCGCAGCAGCCACCAUGUUUUGCCCGGAGAAAGUAAGAGAUGUUUCAGAGACACAGCUACGCGUGGCUUUUGACGGUGACGCCGUGCUCUUCUCCGAUGAGUCCGAGCAGAUUUACAAAGAGCACGGGCUCGACAAGUUCUUUGAGCACGAGAAGGCAUAUGAGAACAAGCCCCUGGAUCAUGGGCCGCUGAAGGGGUUCCUGGAAGCCUUGGGCAAGCUGCAGAAGAAAUUCUACGCUCGGGGCCAGCGUUUGGACUGUCCCAUCCGCACCUACCUGGUGACAGCUCGCAGCGCGGCCAGCUCGGGGGCCCGGGCCCUCAAAACGCUACGCUCCUGGGGUCUGGAAACCGAUGAGGCCCUCUUUCUGGCUGGGGCCCCCAAGGGCCCAAUCCUGGAGAAGAUUCGACCCCACAUUUUUUUUGACGACCAGAUGUUCCACGUGGAGGGCGCCACUGAGAUGGGCACAGUCGCUGCCCAUGUGCCCUAUGGGGUGGCGCAGAAGCACCGGCAGAGGCAGCCCGUUGACAAGAAAGACUGACCACAGCGCAGCCAGGGAGGGGGAAUAAAGUAUGCCUCUACAUGGCAAUAUGACUCAGCCCUGAUCUCAGAUCAGCUUCACCUCAAUGUGCAGGGAGGGCCUCAUUCAACUGUAUAUCAUCAAAUGAGAUAAAAGAGAUCAUUCUUAUGAAAAUGAAGUAUUGAAUUUAAUAUCUAUUUAUCCUGUAGUCCUGUGGAAAAACUACACCCCUCUAGAUUUCUUCCCUGACUUCUCC